AUGCGGUGCGCGAACAAGGCAGCUGAGAGCGCGUCUGCAAGUAUCGGUGCGGACGCCGAAGCAGAAACCACAGCAACCGAUGUGUCAUCGGUUGCUAAAGCGUCUCAGCCUGUGUCACCUGGUGAUGCAGGCGCUCGUCAUGAAGACACUCAUGUCUUCACAGAGUAUGAGCUCGGUGUCUCAUACUCUCCUGAUACGGAAGAGGGAUUUGUAUCGAAGGCGGUUGAAACCAAGCCGCCUGCCAAGCGUGGCAUGGAUGAUGCUACUCGUCGUAGGAUCUUUGGUUCGUCUGACGAAUUAAGUGAACCAUCGCCGAAGCGAAGGCGCUCGAGAUCGCAAGACUCGGGCGCUCACAGUGGUGUCGUUUCUUCUAUUGACACCACUUCGCAGCGAGGUACCAGUACUUCUGUUGGCACGUCGCAGGAAGAGCGAGUCCGCAGCGUGUUGCGUCUCGCUCCCGAAAAGAAGGCAUGGCUGCCUCCAAAGUCAGUCAUGGAUCGCUCGUCGGCGACGACAAGUGAUCGCUAUCGAACACGAUUAUUCGAUUCGUCUAGGAUCCAUCACCUUGACCCCAGUGCGAAAGCCUAUCACACGGAACAUGAAUUCUUCAUCGAUGCUUUCUUUAAACAUCUAUGGUACAGUGGGAAUCACAAACGUGAUGGACCCUCACUGCUUUAA